AUGGAAGAACCCAAUGCUCCAGCUCGCGGACGAAAGCGGUUUCAGUACGACCUACAGAGGGCAGAGCAGACGGUAGCGCAGGGCGUAGAGGUCAAUGGCUUGCGGCUGCUCAGCGUUUCACCGGGCGAGGAAUCUGGUUCCUUUGACUGCAACAUCGUCGACGCCGACGGAGAUCUCCUCGCUACCCUGCAGUUUCUAGUCUCUGAUCAAUCCGAGUAUCCCUCGGACCACAUGUUCUUCUGCUCCUCGCAGGAGGACCUGCCCGCCAAGUUGGCCUCCGUCACGGAAAGUAUGCACGAUGAAGGCUCGCUGUCGAUCCAAGACCUCCUCGUCCGACUGCUCGAGAAGCUGUCCAAGAAGACCAGUACCCCCAGCCACGUGGCGCAGAAACAGGGAACAAGUGAAGACGGAGACGAAGAGGGCGAAGGAGACACGGAGGAUGACGAGGACGACUACGGGAUGUACGACGACGAGUACACAACACUUGGCGUCACCCCCGGGCUGAGCAAGCUCGACCGCUUUGCCCUUCAACGCGACUUCAACGAGAUCGUCGGGUACGGCUACCGCCCCGGCUUCAUCCCGUUCGGCCUCGACGACUUCUCGCUCUCGCUCUCGAUCCCCGCCAAGUCUCUCGCGGACACCAUCCCCGCCCGCGCGCUCAUGGCCUGGGACAAGCGCCUCCUCUCGCAGCCGCGCCACCUCACGCUCCUCAUCUCCGACCUGCGCGGGGUCUGGCCUGUCGUCCAGCCGGACGCGGUGCUGAGCAGCGCGGCGCACAUGCACGGCGCGAUGCCGCGCUUCCGCGUGGCGCUCAGCACGGGCUACAAGCCGACGGUCGAGGACGCGAUGGCGACGGUGCGCAAGUUCGGGCUGAAGGAGGACUACGGGGUUGCUGCGGAGGCGCCGGUCGAAGACGCGCCGGCGUACAACCCGUACGACGACUACGACGAAGACUACGCGGCGGAGCUCGCGGCUGAACAGGAGAGGGAGCGGGAGCAGGAGCCAGAGGUGGAACCGGAGCCGGAGAAGGAGCCCGAGGUCGUGUUCCAGCCGUUCGGCUUGAGUUCGUCGCUGGAGAGCCUGUUGGACAGCCACUUCCUGCCGAUCCUGCAGUUCCGGAUCCGGUACAAGCUCGGAUGGGCGGGCGCGGAGACGCUGCGGUGGGAGGUCGAGACGUCGCAGCAGCCGCCGGGGGACAUCAUGCGUCUUCGCGGACCGAUCAUCCAUGGGGCCGACGUGGCGGACGAGGAACUGGCAAAGAGCUAUGUGCUGCCCCCGGAUCCGCUUCUGACGCGGAACGCAGAGGACCCGGUGAAUCUCCCGCUCUUUGCGUUUUCGUACCUCCUCCGCAGAAUCACCCUGUGUCCUCGUUUCUGUCUCGUAUGCCACCAGCAGCUCAAGGAAGACCUCGACGCGCUCAAGCCCUACGUUUGCAGCUCAAAGCUGUGCACGUACCAGUACUACAACCUCAAUCGCGGACCAUCGCUCGAAUACGAGAUCUGCGCCAACCCCGUAACGGUAGACCUGCUUCUGUCGCUGGCUUACCUUGCAGCGGCCGAGAAUGUCCUCGAUGAGCCUUUCCCGGUGGGCAUGGGGCUGCGCGUGGCGCCGAAAGCGGGCGUCGAGCCCGAUGCCGACGGGCUGAUCGAAUUUGACCGGCUCAACGUCGUCGACAUGCGCAACACGAUCGCGCAACUCAUAGACCAGCUUCCGCCGAUAGACACCAUGAAGAAGUAUCUUGAGGCGCCGAGGAAAGCCGGGCAACGGAAGCCGAGGCUGAAGGACCUCGACAAGGCGAUCCCCGACGCGGCGUGGCUCGUCCUCCGUUGGUGCGUUGCCUCGUGCACGGCGUACCUCGAGGAGCUCGACUCGGAGCAUGAGCAGAUCAAGAACAUGGGCGCUGGGUGGCGUCAGUUUCGUUUCAGCGUUGGGGCGCCGGAUGCAGAGGCCAAAUUCCGCAGGGCGAUUGUGGCGGCACAGGCGUCGAACGCCAACGCGAAGACGUAUCCGUCCCUCUACAUCAUUCGUCACGGACUCUGGUACCGGACAGUCGCCCACGGACGAGCAUACGGAGAUGGGGUGUAUUUCGCAAAGGACGGCUCCGUCUCCGUGGGAAGCUAUGCAUUGGGUGCGAACUCAUGCUGGAGGAACAGCGCCUCUCGCAUCGCUUCUUGCGUCGCCCUAGCAGAAAUCGUCAAUCUCCCGCACCAGUUUACAUCGCAAAAUCCGUACUUUGUCGUGAAGCAGACCGAGUGGAUCAUGUGUCGAUAUCUGAUGAUCAAGGGUUCGGUAGUCCCUCAUCAGGACGGGGACGCGGGCAACGGCGCCGAGGACGUCGUCCCGUACGUCCCGCUCGACCCCGCACACCCGCUGACGAUCGCGCAAAAGAGGAUCCGGAUCCCAGAUCCGUCCUACGCGCUUGGCGUCAUCCUCGAGCAGCGCGCGGGCGACCUGAUCGUCGCCGAGUACGACGAGGACGACAUGCGAAUCUUCACCGAGGCUCCCCACGCCGCCGCCGAUCCAACCUCCAGCGCGACCCCGCCGCCCGAGCGCGCGGCCCGCCCCGAGGACGACUGGCAGCACGACGCGGGCUGGGUCGAAGAGUGCGUGCAGCACCUGAUCCCGCCACCGACGGAGUCGUCGACGCAGGCGACGGGGGCGCUCCAGCGCGAGCUGCAGGCGAUGCUGCGCGAGCAGGCCGCGGCGUGGAGCCUGUGCGACCUCGGGUGGUUCAUCCCGGAGGAUCUUCAGCGGGACAACCUGUACCAGUGGAUCGUGGAGCUGCAUUCAUUCGACCCCAACCUCCCCGUCGCAAAGGACAUGGUCGCGCAUGGCGUUAACUCGCUGGUGUUUGAGAUUCGGUUCCCGGGAGAGUUUCCGUACGCACCACCUUUCUUCCGUAUCCUCAAGCCGCGGUUCUUGCCGUUCAGCCAGGGCGGUGGCGGACACAUCACGCUGGGGGGUUCGAUGUGUAUGGAUCUCUUGACGGCGUCCGGCUGGGUGCCAAGCUACAACAUCGCGUCGGUCCUGCUCCAGAUCAGGCUUGCCAUCUCAAAUCUGGACCCGAAGCCGGCGCGGCUCGCCCAUGACUGGGACAGGCCGUAUGGCAUGGGCGAGGCCCUGGAGGGCUACAAGCGCGUCGCAGCUGUCCAUGGGUGGAAGCUACCAGAUGGUAUUGACCGACUGGCCUAUUAG